UGAACUGAAAUUGUGAUUUGUAUAAUUUUUAGAAAUGACUGACUAAUUAAUUCGUCAUCUCACAACUAAUUAACGAGAAUCCAGGCUGUGAGUAGCAGGAAUACAAGACAUCAAGUCAAGGCAUAAAUAGGAAGCUUCAACUCUAUCUGGGUUAAUUAGUCCAUAACGCGUGUGUCAUGGAAAAGGUUUGUGCGGACUCGAUAUAUGGUUUGGUGUGCAUGCAGCGUCGCUGGUGGUUCUCCACCACGAGGUGGCAGUGGCAGCGAAUUGCUUCAUUUUCGUCUCGUUCUUCAGCUCAAAAAUUGCGUACGAAUUUGACCGAGUCUGAUGAAAAUUCGUAUUCUCUGAAAAAUAAGUCAGCAAAGAAGAUAGGAUCAAGAGGGCUGUACUUAUUUUCAACUGACGCUGAACUAGAAAAUCUUUCUAGAAAUGGAUUCUGUGAAAAUAACGUUCACUCUUCUAUGGUAUACGAAGCUACUUUAAUUAAACUCCCGUCUAUACGUCAGAAUAAAUUUAAUCUAUUUCACGAGGACAUAGUACAUACCUCUAACUCAACUGCUACAAGAAACGACGUUGCAAGUUUUCCAAUGCUGUCUCAAAUAUCUUCAUAUCGUGGACGAUCGUUGCUUCAUAGGCAUACCUUUACCAAUUCCAGCGAACUCAACGUUCGUUCGUUAACUUCUUACUACACUCGCUUACAAAUGCAUACUCUUACUCAUUCUAUCAGAAGCGUACAAAUGAGUUCGCUAACUCCUGUGCAUAUAAGUGGACAAUCUCGUUCGCUUUCUCAUUUAUGUAAGUGCGUACGAAAUAAAUUAUGUAAUGGCACUGCCACUGCCACCCGAGCAUCUCUCCUUCAGUCGUCGCAUGGCCAGCCCCGUAAUGUGCUCCUACAGAGUCGCUUGUCGCAUCCCUUCUCUUCUUCUCGUAGAACGAUCUAUGUUACAUCUGCAAAAUACGACCCUGCGUGGCGCGACAGCAUGUGCAUCUCCUUAGACACGGAGGACAGGGACUGUCGCGACAACGUAGACGAUGUGCUCUUCGACAUGUUCAAAGACGAGAACACCGACAAGGUGCACAUGGGGCGCUUUAUCGCCGCGCUGACGGAGACGGGACUGCGGAGGACAGACCCGCGGCUCAAAGAGUUCCGGGACAACCUGGCCGCCGUCCACAACCUGAGAGCUGACCACGACGAGUCGUCCAUCACAGCCCUCGACCUCAACAAGGAACUCUUUAAAAGAGUGUUACGGGACAACGUAGUGCUGAUCUCGCGCGCCCUGCGUCACCACUUCGUCAUCCCGCAGUGGGCAGAGUUCUGCUCGCACCUCGAGGACUUCUACUGGGCCGGCAAGGCGCUCAAAGGCGGACAUGUGGCAUCCUACAUCCCGCAGCUGGCUCAGGGGUCUGUAGUGGGUCUGGGGUCUGUAGUGGGUCAGGGGUCUGUAGUGGGUCAGGGACAUUUGAAAUUCGUUAUUAUUGGCAGUAAGCCUCUGACAUACGCGAUCGCGCUGAACGAGCUCGGAGCUGACACCGUGCAUCGCUACGUGGGCACGGAGCCCAGCGGCCGCAUGUUCAACGCCAUCGUGCUUGACUAUAAUAACAAGCCCCAUAACCCGCUGGUGAACGCCGGCGCUAUCGUAGUGAGCGCCCUGCUGCAGCAGCUCGUACGGCCCCAGCUCGCCUCCUCUGAGAAGUUCGACUUCGUGCAGCAGUACUUCAGUCGCUUGGCGGGCGGUGAACCUGUCGGUUUCAGUAACGGAACUUUCCUGUCGGAGCGCGAGAACGCUGACCGCAAUCACGCGCUGGCUUACUACAUGCGCGAGAACAAAUGCUUCCCUGAGAAGACUGACCUCACUGCCAUACUUGACCUCUACUUUCAGAGCUGUUCAAUGGAGGUAACGACCGAGAGCGUUGCAGUGAUGGCCGCCACGCUCGCCAACGGUGGAAUCUGUCCCAUCACGGGAGACCAGGUGCUGCAGCCCGCCGCGGUCAGAGACGUGCUGUCACUCAUGCACUCCUGUGGCAUGUACGAUUAUUCCGGCCAGUUUGCCUUCAAGGUGGGGGUACCAGCCAAGUCUGGCGUGUGUGGGGCCGUGAUGCUCGUCAUCCCCAACGUCGUGGGCAUAUGCACGUGGUCGCCUCCUCUGGACACCCUCGGAAACAGCGUUCGAGGCAUCAAGUUUGCUGAGAACUUGGUGGAGAUGUUCAACUUCCACCGGUACGACAACCUGCGCUUUGCUGCCAACAAGAAAGACCCGCGUCGUGAGAAGUACGAGACUCGCGGGCAGAAGGUUGUGUCGCUGCUCUUCUCCGCCUCUACUGGGGACGUUACCGCCAUGCGCAGGUACGCGCUGUCGGGCCUCAACAUGAGCGAGUGCGACUACGAUGGCAGGACGGCGCUGCACCUCGCCGCUGCUGAAGGCCAUCUCGACGUCGUCAAGUUCCUCCUCGAGAAGUGUAGAGUCAACAUCACUCCUCUCGACAGGUGGAAGCGAACGCCUGCUGAUGACGCGGAUGAAUUCGGAUUCACGGAAGUGGCCAAAUUCCUCCGCGAGUUCGCGACCAAUCACCCAGACCAGUGCGGCACCGACGAUAUGGUCAAGUCUCCUCCUCCCACCAUUCCUGAAAUCCCUGAAGAUAAAGUGUCUUCUCCAGACUCCCCGAACUAACAUAUUUCUCCAUAGCACUGGCAAAUUCUUGGAACGACACUUACUAUCCAUAAUUCUUCCUUUUCUGUUUGUCGUGGUUGUGAAAAAUGGUCGGAAUUGCUGUGGCAUUGCCGGUCCUGUUGUAGCAAAUUUGAGAUCUUUCUUGAAUGAUGCACUUGAAUGAUGGACGAUGUCUGUGUUUAUUUGUUAUAGCGUUAAGAAAUUGUCCAGGGUAUUUGUAAUUUAUCAUGUGUGUUUCUUCACUAAUUUUUUUACGUUCUUGAGCGAUAUUUUGCAAAUUUUACUCUAGUAAUGUAAGUCCAUCAACGAGAAGGCCAACCGGCUUGCUUUUCCUAUUUUACCGAGAAGGUCAACCGGUGUUUGUUCAUCGCAACAAUAGCUUAGACGCAUCGAGUGUCCUGACAGACAUAGGGCAACGUUGUUAUCACCCUUAUUGUUUACCAUAAGUUAUUGUUUACCUAAAGUUAUUGGUUACCGAAAAUUAUUGUUUACCAAAAGUUAUUGGUUAUCAAAAGUUAUUGGUUAUCAAAAUGUUAUUGUUUACCAACGACUACGAUGCUUCUAAAAAGUUAUUUUUCCCCAAAUGUUAUUGCUGCACGCAAACCUUGAAUUAUUUUAAUCGGCUCAACAGUGGACUCCAUCUGCCAGAUACAAAAAUGUGAGAAUUUGGCACCUGAUUCGUCUGAUUAAAAAAUAAAGAAACUUCAGUUAAGGGAAGAUUGAAUUUUACAGUUUUAACUGGCUUGACUGUCGUUUGUUGUAUAUAUUCUUUUGAUUUUGCUCAUUGAGGGUGGAAAAAUAUUUUUCUUUUUGUAUUCAAGUGGGAACUUUCAUAGAUGACCCAAAGUUUAAGCGUUAUUUUUCUUAAUACGUAAAUAUUCCACUCGAAUGUUUUUAUUCAAAAGCAAUGAUCAAUACAGUACGCAUCUGACAGUAUUUCUGGUUUUCAAUAAAGGUUUCCGAUGCACAUUCGUUGAUGCCAGUUACUCGUCGUGAUCGUGUUCUACUGUGAAAUAUUUAGACAUUGUAUGUGCACGCACUCAGUGCUAUUAAAUAGAGAUUUUAGUUACCACUGCCAAGUUAACAGCAACUGAGGAAAUCGCUUUUUUCGACGGUGGGAACCUCUGCACCAGCUAUGUUAUUGUAUCGCAUAAGAGAAGUAUUGCCUACAGAGUAUUCUUAUUCAAUAUAACCUUGCCAUCUUAUAAUUGGGGCGCCGAAGUUCAAUGAUCACUCUUUUCUUUCAUGCUGAGUUGACGCUGAUAUUUUGUAUUUUAAUCAACUCUUGCAGUCACAAACUUUGAGAACUGCGUUCUAUUUCUAUGAACUACUUUCUCCCAAUUUGUUAAAUUGCAUCGCUUUUCUUAUUGACGCACUGUCUUGUCCCCGGCCAUUACAUUAAAUGUCGUCACGUUGGUUUACUGCAGAAAGUUACUCACAUUUUAUUGAUGUUCUUGUUAAAAAUGUCCAUGCAUCGUCAAUUGCAUGGGUGAAAUAGAGUAUUAAGUGCUGUGUAUUAUUAAGAAAGUUUGAGCAAAUAGUUCUUUGUUAUGUUACUUGCAAAGUGCUAGGCCCUGUGCUUAAAUUGUCAAGUUGUUUGAACCUAUAGAAUAAGAUGCUUGACAGGAAAUAUUGCAAUGUUAUUCUUAUAGAAGGCGGCCUCUGCUGACACCUAGGAGCUGUCUGACCAAAUGCUCGUCACGCUUUGCUAUUGACGGAAAAAAUUAUUUUAAAUCCUUCACUAAAAUUGAUGCUAUGACGACAAGCACGUUUAUACUACUCAUCGAAACGAAUAUCAGAUUUGUAGGUGUGAGUUAAAGAUGCAUGUGUGAAUGUUGUGUGUUUCUCGAUAACUUGAUUGAAGUUCGUUAACUUGAGUAUAUGUACUAAUGUUAAGGUAUGGAAUGGUAUUGUAUUUGCGAUGGUUGAAAAAUUAGGCACUGUUUUGCGCUUAAAGUUGACUCAUAUUCUUGACACAUGUUCGUCGUUUUACACUUGUUUAGUUUUCAAUGAAGGCGUUGAAAUCUUCGUGGAGGAUUUUCAAAAUAUGGAUGACAAUGAGUUUUAUAUAAGUGUCGUUCAAGAUUAAUUAUUCAUGCGCAAUAUUCACGGUUGAUGUCUUGGAUUAACGAGUAAAACUGGGUGGUGCUUUAAAGAUCUGACUGCAAUACGGUACUAGAGAGCAAUACGUUGCAUGCUGUGGUGUUAUCUUGUCUUCCUGUAGAAACUAUAUGCUCUUGCUUCGUCCGAUAGCCUAAUUAGUCUAUAAAAGAUUAGUAGAGAUGGUAAUGAGAUUAGUUUAAUUAGCGUCAGAGUGGUAAACUAGAGCAGAUGUUCGUCAGCCUUCUCUUCGUCUUCCGAACGAUUCGCUUUGCAAUCCGAAAGAGUAAAUUAUUUGAUUGUCUAAAACACGAAUAUCAUCAUGCCUAUAAAAUUCACGAGAUCAUGCCAAUAAAAAAGCAGUUUGGCCAAUAAAAAUCUGUCAUAUGCCACUAAUAGUAAGCAUUGUUCGAACUGAGUUAGACGCCGUUAGGCUAUAGUGCGUUACUCCCGUUCCAUUCUGUCAUGUUAGCAUCACCAGGCUCGUUAAUUAGCUUUUUACGUUAAACUCUUCGUGCGAAAUGAAACUAUGCUUGCGAUGUUGAAAGAAAACCCAUGCACCCUUCAGCAAUAGGCAUUUUUUUAUUGAACACUUAUACGUUCAUGCUAAGUGAUCUUUGCAUCGCCAUAUACUCGUGAAAUGCUCCAAUCCUAUCAAUUAUUUCAUCAUUUUGAUUCUGAUUUAUUUUCUUCCCGGAUGUAACUCAGCUCCAUCAGACAAACGAUGUUGAAUUAACAUUAAAAAAAAUGUUAUUGGGUUGAAUAAACGUUUAUUAAACGUUGUUUCAACAUCGUUCGCCUUAACUAAGGUCGCACUUUCCAAACAUUGCCCGGAGGAAGUCAUAAACUCAUUCUUGCAGCGUUGUCAUGUUUUAAAUCGGCUUCAGAAAAUCGUUCAAUUUUAUAUAAAAAUCAUUCAAUAUUUUUCACAUAAAUUGAGCACUUUGCAAUAAAAAGAUUCUUUCAGGAACAGUAAACCAUUUAAUGUGAACUUUAGAUUAAUUAAUAUGGUUUUAAAAUUGACACAUGACAGGAAUAACUAUGAAGGUUUUUUGUUGUAAAAUAUCAUUACAUUU